AUCUCUGCUCUCUAAAGGUUUACUCAAUGCAGGGAGCUGAGUGUCUUAUGCGAUGAAUACAGUACUGUGUGAUGGGAGACGGGUCGGAGGCUGUGGGAGCUCGUAGGAGAAGACCUGACCAGCCUGGAGCGGGCUGGGUAUGUAUGCCUGUGUGUAUAUAUUGGACAAUUGGAUGUAUUGGUCUGAAUGGGUUAUAUCUGUAUCACCUUGAAAAGUGCUGGAUCCCUCAGGGUGUGAAGUAACUGAAUUGAUGAUAUAUGGUUCUCUAGGAUCCUACCGUGUCACGUCCAUGGCUCAAUAUUUUGUUUCUGUUUUUCAUCCUAGAACUCUGAACCUUGGUGUCUGGAACCUGUGUGACAAGGAGUGAUGCUGCCCCGAUGGGAACUCUCUCUUUAUCUGCUUGCCUCCCUCGGCUUCCACUUCUAUUCUUUCUAUGAGGUUUACAAAGUCUCCAGAGAACAUGAAGAGGAACUGGACCAAGAAUUUGAGCUGGAGACUGAUGCUUUAUUUGGAGGUCUGAAGAAGGACCCGACAGAUUUUGAGUGGAGCUUUUGGAUGGAAUGGGGGAAGCAGCGGCUGGUGUGGCUUCUCCUUGGCCACAUGGCUGUGUCUCAAAUGGCGAUGCUGCUUGCAAGGAAGCACAGACCCUGUAUUCUCAUGGUCUAUGGAAUAUGGGCCUGCUGGUGUGUGCUGGGGGCCCCAGGUGUGGCCAUGGUUUUUCUCCAUACCAUUAUCUCCUUCUGUGUGGCUCAGUUCCGGUCGCUGCUCUUGUCAUGGCUCUGUUCUCUCCUCCUGCUUUCCACACUGAGGCUGCAAAGUGUGGAGGAAGUUAAGAGAAGGUGGUACCAGACAGAAAACGAGUACUACUUGCUGCAGUUCACACUGACCGUUCGCUGCCUCUACUACACCAGCUUCAGCCUCGAGUCAUGCUGGCAGCAGGCUCCCACUGAACGUGCCUCCUACUCCUUCCCCUGGAUGUUGACCUAUGUCUUCUAUUACCCGGUCUUCCACAAUGGGCCCAUCCUCAGCUUCCCGGAGUUUAUCAAACAGAUGCAGCAGCAAGAACACUGCUCAUUGAAGUCUACCGUCUGCAUCCUGGCUGUGGGGCUGGGUCGCCUACUUUGCUGGUGGUGGCUGGCAGAGCUGAUGGCUCACCUGAUGUACAUGCACGCCAUCUACAGCAGCACCCCCCUCCUGGGGGCUGUCUCCUGUUGGACUUUAGGAGGACUGGCGUUGGCUCAAGUGCUCUUUUUCUAUGUGAAGUACUUGGUGCUCUUUGGCAUCCCAGCUCUGCUCAUGCGCCUGGAUGGACUCAAACCACCUCCCCUGCCACGAUGUGUGAGCACCAUGUUCAGCUUUAGGGGGAUGUGGAGGUAUUUUGAUGUUGGACUGCAUAAUUUCCUAAUUCGGUAUGUGUACAUUCCAGUGGGCGGGUCCCAGCAUGGCCUGCUGGGGACACUGUUUUCCACCGCGAUGACGUUUGCAUUUGUGAGCUACUGGCAUGGUGGGUACGACUACCUCUGGUGCUGGGCGGCACUCAACUGGCUGGGAGUCACUGCAGAGAAUGGAGUUCGGAGGCUGGUGGAGACCUCAUACGUCCAGGAUGGCUUGGUCCGCUUUCUCUCCCCACAAGCUCGCCGCCGAUGCCAUGCUGCUCUUGCAUCUUGUUCCACCUCGUUGCUGAUCCUGUCCAACCUGGUGUUUCUCGGGGGAAACCAAGUUGGGAAAACCUACUGGGACAGGAUCUUCAUACAUGGCUGGCCGUGGGUGACUCUCUCUGUCCUGGGAUUCCUGUACUGCUACUCCCAUGUGGGUAUUGCCUGGGCCCAGACAUACGCCAUAGACUAAUGCUGCUGGGCCCUAGGCCAGGCUUUGCUGCCAACCUCCAAGGCAAAUGGUGCUUCACCCUGACUUCACCCGCCAAGACAAUUUCCAAAAGACCAGUGUAGUUGGAGUUUGAUCAUGGUAGUUUGGCCUAUUCAUCUUCUGUUCAAGUUACAUCACUGCAAGACUAGAAGCUCCAGCUCUCACUGAAAAUUUACAGAAAAUGUUCUAGCUAUGGGGACUUAGAGAUAAUCUAUCCCAACCCCACCAUUUUCCUGUUGUAUAAGCAGAGAUUUAGAGCAAUAGCGUAUCAUGCUCAGGUGUACACAGUGACACCUUGGUCUUGAACUCAGUCCCACAGGCCCUUUGGGUUGUUCUUUCUUUAUCAGGAAUUAAAUAUGGCACUUCUUGAUCAAGGCAAGCCUUUCUUCCACUGGACAAUAUUUCUGAAGACUUUUGAUGAUUUUUAAGCUAUUCCUUCCCCAUGUCCUGUGUUGCAGUCUCUAGAACCCAUAAUAGGAUUUGAUGCUUCCUACAUUUACUUCAGCUCCUCAGCAGGGAGAUAACAAAGGCAGGCCUGUGUUUCUAAUUACCCAGUGAGAGAAGAUGGAAGCUGUCCUGUGACAUUCCAAGGAGUUAGUACCCAGGGAGUCCUGUUAUUUGAACUUAACCAAGGUAUGCUAGAUCUGGCCAUAUAAUUCCUGAGACUUGCCAAGUAGUAUAAAUAUGGUAGUUCUCCUACCUAACAGUUGAUUGUUUCACAAUAAAGAAGCAGAAUUAUUUAAAAAAAAAAAAAAAAAGGAAUAGUUUAUCUAUACAUUGGUGCUAUCAAGCAAUUUACAAAAGGCACAGUGGUUUUUUGUGGUUUUCUCUACUCUGUUCAUGGAAGUUCCAGUAGUCAUCUUCAUAUACACUCAGUGGUUUAUAUUGUUUUGUUUCGUAUCAAAUAAAAUGGAGCUUCUUCUAUCACAUAGACAAUUCAUAUGUUUCAUAGAAUUGUUUUGAACAUUUUUUGAGGAAAAUAUUUAAAAUCUAAACAAAUUUAUAUCAACUCUUGAUUUUUUCAUUUCUCUAGAAAGCUGCUGGACAGGCCACCAGUGGCUACAAUUGGUUGAUAAUUCUGAAUACUUCCGUUUGGCUUUGAGUUUUUGAGGAGUGAAGGGACUUUAAAAAUUUGAAUCCAUAGUGUAUCCAAGUAUGAGAGAACUUAUAACGUCUCAUCACAUAGAUCAUAGAUUAAAUUAUUACUGAGUGAAAGGCUGACUUGGACAUCAUCUAAGCCACACAGUCUUAUAUUUGUUACAUGGUAUUGUCCUUGUGCACUGGCUGUGGUUAUCAACAAAACAAGAUUUAAACUCCAAGAGUGCAGGACCAGUUCUUUUGGGAGGGGGCCAGAUGUUGACAACCUAGAUGGGCACACAACAUGUUUGCUGAAUCAAAGUUCAGGGGCCAGAGAGGGGUGGGUAGAAUAGCACAGCAGCAGCCUCAGCAGCUGAAUUAAAGGAAAGAGAGACCCAGGGUAGGUGAUUCUAGGGGCCUGGGGAGUUUGAAGGAGGAGCAAGGCUUGGGGAAAGAGUGAGCACUCAAAUGAAUGUAGUAAACUUCAUGAGCUAAUACUAAUUCAGGACUUGUGUUGAGCCAGAGAGAGUUUGGCUGAAGUUAAGCUGGAAGAGAAGGACUCGGUAAGGAAAAAAGGAGCGCAAGGUGAUUGUAAGGAAGUGUCUAAUGUACAUAUGUAUAUAAAUAAUACAAAAGUUUUUGAGCUCUUCCAAAGACACCAUUUAUAUAAGACAGAGGCUUACUCACUGAACUAUAUCAGAAGAGUCAGUGGAUAUAUUGGAAAGUAAUAAUCCUGAAUUUUUUUCUAGACUAUCGUACAAUUCAGAGUGGUUCUUGCAACUUAGUAAGUUAUCAGUGUGUUUUGCUAUACAUUUGAGGCUUGAUUAACUAA